AGGCUAUAAAUAGCUUGUAUCUCUCUCGUCGUCUGCUUUUCUCAGUCAUGUAGGUCACAUCCUCGACCUCCCCUGCUGACUGUGCUCAGCAGUAUGUCUGUGCUCUAAAUUUUCAGCUUGCUUCAUAGUACUUAGAGUGAUCUGAACCUUCACGGUCCUCAGCAUGGGUUCAUUCGUGUGGAAUAUUGCACUUCCGGCGAUGGUGACGGUGGCAGCCAUUUUGCUGUACCGUUGCAUCACUGACAAAGAGACAAGGAUCCCGCUAGCCAAAACGCUUAACGACUCCUAUGAUUACAUCAUCGUUGGAGCUGGGUCUGCUGGCUGUGUGCUAGCCAAUCGAUUGUCAGAGGACAGUGACGUCACCGUCCUACUUCUAGAGGCGGGUCCAGAUGACCGCGACUACCCCAAUGUGUCGGUACCCGGAUUCGCGGAGUACAACUACCAUUCGGAAAUCGACUGGGAAUACUACACUGAGCCUCAAGAAUUUGCCAUGAACGGCUUUGAAGAAAAUAGAAGCUUUUGGCCUCGAGGACGAGUGCUGGGAGGAACCUCCAACUUGAACAGCAUGCUGUACAUCCGGGGCCAUCGACUGGACUUCGACACGUGGGCAGAGCAAGGCUGCGAUGGCUGGAGCUACAAGGAGGUUUUACCUUACUUCAUCAAGUCCGAGGAUAACCAAAACGAAGACUAUGUCAAAUCAGGUUACCAUGGCAAGGGUGGACCCUUAAAGGUGGCAAGCCACAAGACCAUGCCCCUGACUGACCUGUGGCUGCAGGCUGGACGUGAGAUGGGGCUACAAGAGGUGGAUCCCAAUGGAGAAAAUGUGGAAGGUGUGGUGCUGACCCAGGCCACAGCAGCUGACGGGUAUCGGUGGAGCACAUCGCGAGCUUUUCUGUACCCGGUACUUGACAGACCCAACCUUCACAUCGGUGUCAACGCUCACGUGACAAAGGUCAUAUUCGAAGGUAAGCGCGCCGUUGGGGUGGAGUUUAUUCGCAAAGGGAGAAAACAACGUGUAAGAGCCCAGCGGGAGGUAAUUCUAUCAGCCGGUGCUGUAGGUUCGCCUCAGAUCCUCCAGUUGUCCGGAGUCGGACCAAAAGAUCUUCUCGAAAAGUUAAAGAUCCCAGUGGUUGCAGACCUUCCUGUAGGAGAUAAUCUUCAUGACCACGUCUUCUUUUCCUACAGCGUGGGUGUGAAGAAACCGGUUGGUGUGGCUCCAGAGGACUUGACCUCUUUCUGGACAUGGCUUCAGUACACGCUUUUUAAAACCGGCCACUGGGCGUCCCCUAUUUCGGUCGAAGGACAGAUUUUCGUCAGCACGGAUGACGAGAGCAGAAAGAUGAACUGGCCGGACCUCCAGAUCAUGCUGCAGGGUCGUCUGUGGACAACCGAGACGCUGAAGAACUUCCGCUAUACAAAAGAGACCAUUGAACAAGCGAAGCGAAGAGAUGAGUUUAAGUAUGGGUUUCCCUGCCUGGCCUCACUACUGCGACCAAAGAGCCGCGGGACUUUGCGCAUCAAGAGUGCGGACCCUUUCGAAUACCCGGCCAUCAACCCACACUACCUAGAGCACCCGGAUGAUCUAGCACUGCUCGUGAGAGGCAUCCGAGUGUGUCAGCGACUUGUUGCAACUCCAGCCAUGCAGUCGGUGGGUGCAGAGGCCACAGACGGACCUUCCAAGUUCUGCUCUCAGUUUUCAUUUGAUUCCGAUGCCUACUGGGAAUGCCUGGUGAGACGCAACGUUCUGACCAUCUACCACCCGAUCGGCACGUGCAAGAUGGGCGCCGCUACUAGUGACAGUGCUGUGGUGGACCCGCAGCUAAGGGUGCGGGGACUAACAGGACUCCGAGUGGCUGAUGCCUCGGUGAUGCCAGUGAUGACAUCGGGAAACAUCAAUGCUCCGGUGAUCAUGGUGGCCGAGAAGGCCGCUGACCUCAUCAAGGCUGCUCGUGCUCAGAAUUAACAUACGGGUGUUCAAGUGUUCAAGAGGGUGUAGUAACCAUCGCGAGAAAGAAAAGUCAUCUGGGACGAGUCCUGUGUUGUCCCUCCCUCGCCCCGCUGUGUGCUUACAUUAGUCUAGUCUGAGAAGAUGAGACAUCGGUCAUCUUAAAACAUGUUUAGGUAUUUGAGUUGUUGUAUUUUCGCAAAACCUUUUUUCUUAUUUACUUUCUACUCUGAUUAGCGGUCCUUAUUUGUUAUUCAUAAUAAGAUGCAGUGCCUGACAUGUUAGAUAUCAAAUUGACGAGCAAGUUUUAAACUCCACAUUAAAUCGAUUAAAAUGACAAUG